AUGGGCGAUCUAGCCAUCAUUCUGCCUCGUCUGAAGAUCAAAGCGAACGCCGAAGCCGCAGCUGCACUUCUUGAUAAGGUUAUUACUCAAGUGAAUGUUGAAUCCGACCGCAAAGAAUUGUAUGGAAGCGAUGACACUUUUGGUUUGAAGGAUGCUUCUUCACCCGAGCCUGGACGCAAAAAGGUCAUCGUCGAGUUCUCGUCGCCCAACAUCGCACAAGAAUUCGAGGGCAGGCACCUUCGUAGCACAAUCAAUGGUGCUGCCAUUGCCAACAUACAUGAGCGGAUGGGAUGGGAAGUUGGCCGACUGAACUUCCUAGGCGACUGGGGCAAAAACAUCGCCCUUCUCGCCGUCGGCUGGAACAAGUUUGGCUCGGAGGAAGCCUUUGCCAAAGAUCCCAUUCGCCACCUACUCGAUGUACACAACCAGAUCAACGAGCUGUUCAAGCCUGAACAAGAGGCAAGCGCAAAGGCGAAGGAGGAAGGAAAGAAUACAGCCGAGAUUGAGUCACAGGGCAUUUACGCCGAACGUGAUGCCUUCUCCAAGAAAUGGGAGGAAGGGGAUGCCGAUGCACUAGCCUUGACCACUAGGUUCCGCGACGUCUAUGUCGAAGACUACACUAAAGCGUACGCUCGUCUCGGCAUCAAGUUCGAUGAAUAUGCUGGAGAGUCCCAGGUCACGCCUGAUUCGAUUGCGGAAGUUGAGACAGUCCUCAAAGAGAAGGGGAUAUCUGAGGAGAGCGAUGGUUCCUGGCUCAUCGACUUCAAGAAGCACGGCGCAAAAGGUCUCGGCACUGGUAUGAUCCGGAACCGUACUGGCACAACCAUGUACUUCUCCCGCGACCUGGCCGCGGUCCUCGACCGUGAGAAAACGUUUGCGUUCGACAAGAUGAUUUACGUCGUCGCUUCGGAGCAGGACUCCCAUUUCCGCUGCGUGAUCAAAGCACUCGAGUUAAUGGGGAGAGAGGAUCUCGCGAAGAAGAUUCAACACGUGAACUUUGGCAAGGUCCAGGGCCUUUCGUCCCAACUAGGCAAUGCGCACUUGUUGGGAGACAUGCUGAACCAAUGUGCCAACGCAGUCAGAGACGCCAUGGCGAUGGAGGAGAAUGCUGGGGCCCCUCUUGCCGCCGCGGAGCCUUUCGGUAUCACAUCGCUUCUUGCCCAAGACAUGCACACCAAGCGCAGCAACGGGUACGCGUUCGAUAGCAAGAAGAUGACUGAGUUCGAGGGCGAGACCGGCGCCCAUCUUCAACUGCUUUACACUCGACUUUGUUUGACCAUCAAGGAGCUCGGAGUUGACCCGACUGCGCUCGGAGAAGUCGACUACGCGCAUUUAGAAGAGGAAGAGUACACGAAUCUCCUGAGACUCAUGGCACAGUAUCCCGAUGUCAUCAACGCCGCGUACAAGACCCUCGAGCCCUCCGCUGUGUUGACGUUUCUGUAUCGGCUGGCCGAGCAGUUACUGGUAUGUCUCGAUGACGAUGAGGGCGAGGGUGAAGACGAAGAGGAGGAGACUGCCGACGAUCCGGCGCUUGACCUUGCACGAGCGGUGCUGUAUGAGAAUGCCAGACAGGUUUUUGAGAAUGGGAUGAAGGUCCUCGGUAUCAGCCCUCUGUCUUCUUAA